UAAAAAGCAGCAACUUUUGCAUAAUCUCCACCCCUUCAUGAUGGAGGGUCUAUUGGGUUGAGCUUUACUCAAUCCCAUUAGAUCCGUCAUCCACCCGCUCAUCCUCUCCAGAUUCCUCCCCCUCCAACUCUUUCUUUCAUUUCCCUUCUCUCUCCUUUCUUUGCCGGCGAGGAAAGCUUUUCCUUCCGUUUCUUUGUUUUCUUGGAAAAUCGUUGUUCUUGCUCCAGAUCCACUUUCUUUCUUUGUUACAAUUCAAACAGAACUGGAAUUCCCAAUUCCGUUUUCUGUUUUGUAACGGGCAUCCCUCAUGGGAAAUAUUGGUAGCAGCGGUGGCCACGGGCGCCGGAGGCAUGGUAGUAGCCGUAACCAUCCGCCUCCGCCUCCAACGGCCGCUCCACAGCCGGAAAUCACCGCUAACAGGUACGUAUUUACUGUGGCCACUCCUUACCCCUCGCAAUACCCCAAUCCUAAUCCACCACCGUACUACCAGUACCCGGGGUACUAUCAUCAGCCGCCACCGGCUCCUUAUGAUCAUCACCACCGCGUUGACCCUGCGCACUGGGUUGGCGGCAGGUACCAGUGUGGGCCUAUGAUGGCUCCACCGGCGCCUUACGUGGAGCACCAGAAGACUGUUACAAUAAGAAACGAUGUUAACUUGAAGAAGGAAAGUGUGAGGCUCGAGCCGGACGAGGAGAACCCUGGAAGGUUUCUUGUUGCUUUCACGUUUGAUGCUACUGUUGCUGGAAGCAUCACUGUUAUUUUCUUUGCAAAAGAAAGUGCGGAUUGUAUUCUGACACCAAUGAAGGAAAACCUUCUUCCACCGGUGACAGUAAAUUUCCAACAAGGUCUUGGCCAGCAAUUCAGGCAGCCUUCUGGGACUGGGAUUGAUUUCUCAGUUUUUGAGGAGAGUGAAUUAAUGAAAGAGGGUGAGAUGGAUGUCUAUCCUCUAGCGGUGAAGGCAGAGGCUUCCCCUAAUCAGAAUGGAGAAGGAAACCAAAUGUCUGGAACCACAAAUUCUCAGAUAACACAAGCAGUGUUUGUGAAGGAGAAAGGUGAGUACCAGUUGAGAGUAGCGAAGCAGAUUCUGUGGGUGAAUGGGAUGAGGUAUGAAUUGCAGGAAAUAUAUGGGAUUGGGAAUUCAGUUGAGGGUGCUGUUGAUGCAAAUGACCCUGGAAAGGAAUGUGUCAUUUGCCUGUCAGAACCACGGGACACAACUGUUCUUCCCUGCCGCCACAUGUGUAUGUGCAGCGAAUGUGCAAAGGUUUUAAGGUACCAAACAAAUCGAUGCCCAAUUUGCAGACAACCCGUAGAGAGGCUUUUAGAGAUAAAGGUCAACAGUGGGCCUGAUGAAUGAAGAGAGGAAUUCCUCCCGCCUUGCUGUAUAGUAGUUUGCUUGCUUUUUCUUGGGUUUCAAUGUUUUCUGUUUUCCCCUUCGAUGUUCUUGUUUUCUAAUAAUCAAACCGGAAAUUAUAAUCAAUUUGCAGUAUGGCAGGGAUAAAUGGUGGUCAUUGUGCCAUAAAUAUUUGAGAUAUCCUCCUUUCUGCUGC